AUGUAUGUGGCUCACUUUAUAUUGGGCAAUUCUGAUCUAGCCUCACUAUAUCCAAUUUUAUUUUCCAUUCCUUCCUUCAGCAGGGAAGUUUCUAAGGGUCAGGAAGGAGAAUCUGGACCUAACUCACUGAACAUCGAGGGGGGCACGACUGCCUGGGUCACUGAAUCGUGGGAAACCAAAAUGAGACAUAAUCAGCUGUGUUGUGAGACACCACCUACUGUCACUGUACAUGUAAAAUCAGGGUCAAAUAGAUUGCAUCAGCCUAAAAAACCCAUUACCCUGAAGCGUCCUAUUUUCAAAGAUAGUUGGCCAGCAUCUGAAAAAAAUGCACAUAAUAGCAACAAGUCUAAACGCCCCAAAGGACCCUGUCUAGUUAUACAGCGUCAGGAAAUGACUGCUUUCUUUAAAUUAUUUGAUGACGAUUUAAUUCAGGAUUUCUUGUGGAUGGACUGCUGCUGUAAAAUUGCAGACAAGUAUCUUUUGGCUAUGACCUUUGUUUAUUUCAAGAGAGCUAAAUUUACUGUAAAUGAGCAUACCAGGAUAAAUUUCUUUAUUGCUCUGUAUCUCGCUAAUACAGUUGAAGAAGAUGAAGAAGAAUCCAAAUAUGAAAUUUUUCCAUGGGCUUUAGGGAAAAACUGGAGAAAAUUAUUCCCUGACUUCUUAAAGUUAAGGGACCAACUCUGGGAUAGAAUUGACUAUAGGGCUAUUGUAAGCAGGCGAUGCUGUGAGGAGGUUAUGGCCAUUGCUCCAACCCAUUAUAUAUGGCAACGAGAACGCUCUGUGCAUCACAGUGGAGCUGUUAGAAACUACAACAGAGAUGAAGUUCAACUGCCCCGGGGACCUAGUGCCACACCGGUAGAUUGUUCACUAUGUGGUAAAAAAGGAAGAUAUGUUAGGCUGGGAUUGUCUUCAUCAUCAUCUUCAUCCAGUGAUACACUAGAGGUGGUGGAGAAACAUUCUCAGGAAUCACACAACUCAUUCUCAAUGGACAAAAUAGUUGAUACUUCUCAAGCUUAUAGCUAUUCUCAAGCCAAUGACCAUCAAUCAAACAAAGAAAAGAAAACUAAUUUCAUGAAGAAAGACAAAUCUAUGGAGUGGUUUACAGGAAGUGAAGAAUGA